GCAAGUAGUCACACGUUUGCAAACAAGAUCGCUUCGCGCAUGAAGUCUAUCAAGGACCGGUGAAACGACCUGGCGCAGGAGGCGUCUCUCGAGGCCUGGCUGUCGGCGAUGCGGUUUGUGGCCGCCGCGCUGCUGUGCGGCAGCGUCACCGAGUCGAGUAGCCUGGUGGCGCGCGUGGCGCUUCGCCUUCUCUCCCUGGCUGGAGUGCGCGUGUGCAAGAUGGCGCUGGCGCUGGCUGUGGUGGCCGUCCUGCUUGCACUACUGCUGAGCGCCGCCAGCACCGCCUUGGGGACCUUCUUCCUGGCUGCCGUCUGCUCGCAACUGACACGGUUGCUACGGUUCGGGCCCCUCGAGGAAAUUCAGCGUCGCUGCCUCCUCCGCAAGGUCACGCGCGACCUCAAGCCCACGGAGCGCCGCGUCCUGGCCCGGUUCAUCUUCCGCGAGCAGUGCGCGCUUCCAACGCGGCGGCACGGAUCAAGGACGCCGGACAUCGAUCAGCUGGAAACCGAGGAAUCGAGCGGCCUGCUGCGUGGAUUCUACUUGAAGCCGGAUGUGCAAGAGCAGCCAGGGGCGCGAGGCAAGUCGGGCACGAGCACCAAGUCGCAGCCGGCCACCCUAACGCCGCCAUUCCCUGCUGUGUGA